UUCAGGCCAGCCGGGGAAGGGACGGUAUACCCUAAAUUCCUCCAAGAGCUUCCGGAGUACGGGGAAGUCACCCGGUAUAACGGGAUAUAAAAGCCGGAUGUGGAGCGGCGUCUAAGACAACUUGUAGUUUCACCUGGCUACAGAUGAAAAAAGUGAAGACAUCAUGGGCAACCAGUUAGCAGGAAUUGCCCCAUCUCAGAUCUUGUCUGUGGAUAGCUAUUUUUCAGACAUCCAUGAUUUUGAGUAUGACAAGAGGCUGGGAAGUACGCGGUUCUUCAAGGUCGCUCGAGCCAAGCACCGUGAAGGUUUGGUUGUGGUCAAAGUAUUCGCUAUCCAGGACCCGUCUCUUCCACUCACAAACUAUAAGCAGGAACUCGAGGAAUUAAAAAUUCGGCUUUGCUCUUCCCAGAACUGCCUUCCUUUUCAGAAGUUUACCCUGAAUGAAAAAGCGGCUUUACUCUUCAGACAAUAUGCCAGGGAUAACCUGUAUGACCGUAUAAGUACCCGGCCUUUUCUCAACAACAUUGAGAAGCGAUGGAUUGCAUUCCAGAUCCUGACUGCUGUGGACCAGGCACACAAAUCUGGAGUGUGCCAUGGAGAUAUCAAGACAGAAAAUGUAAUGGUUACCAGUUGGAACUGGGUCCUACUCACAGAUUUUGCAAGUUUCAAGCCAACAUAUCUUCCAGAAGAUAACCCUGCAGAUUUUAAUUACUUCUUUGAUACCUCCCGGAGACGAACUUGUUAUAUAGCCCCAGAAAGGUUUGUGGAUGGAAGUACUUUUUCCACAGAGGACCCAUCUACACCUCUGGUGGAUCUGACGAACAACAACCAACGGACUCGAGGAGAUCUUAAGCGAGCAAUGGAUAUCUUCUCUGCAGGGUGUGUAAUAGCAGAACUGUUCUCAGAAGGAGUUCCCUUAUUUGACUUUUCACAGCUUUUAGCUUACAAAAAAGGGCAGUUUUCACCAGAUCAAGUAUUGAGCAAAAUUGAAGACGGCUAUAUCAGACAACUGGUCACACAAAUGAUCCGCCGCGAGCCUGAAAAGCGAUUGGCAGCUGAAGAUUACCUCAAACAACAGAAGGGCAAUGCAUUCCCCGAGAUCUUCUACUCCUUUCUGCAGCCAUACAUGGCCCAGUUUGCUAAAGAAACUUUUAACUCUGCUGACGAACGCAUCCUGGUUAUCCGAAAGGAUUUGGAUAAUAUUAUCCAUAACUUGUGCGGAGAUGACCAGAGUGAAAAAGCAGAGGGCGAGACCAAAGACAAUGGCCUCCUUAUCUUGGUCUCAGUAAUUACCUCCUGUUUGCAGACACUAAAGUACUGUGACUCUAAACUGGCUGCCCUAGAACUCAUUCUACACCUUGCUCCACGUUUAAGUGUUGAGAUUUUACUGGAUCGCAUCACUCCAUAUCUGCUUCACUUUAGUAAUGACUCUGUGCCCAGGGUAAAAGCCGAGGCUGUGAGGACAUUGACCAAAGUGUUAGCCUUGGUCAAGGAGGUGCCUAGGAAUGAUAUCAAUAUUUACCCAGAGUACAUCUUACCUGGCAUAGCCCAUCUGGCUCAGGAUGAAGCAACUAUUGUGAGGCUAGCAUAUGCAGAGAACAUAGCUUUGUUAGCAGAGACUGCCCUAAGGUUUUUGGAGCUGGUCCAGCUGAAGAACUUGAACAUGGAGAAUGAUCCCAGCAGUGAGGAGUUGGAUGAGACGUCACACCCCAAUGAGAGCUAUGACACAGAAUUGCAGGCUUUACAUGAGAUGGUCCAGCAGAAGGUGGUGACGUUGCUCAGUGACCCAGAGAACAUAGUAAAACAGACACUAAUGGAAAAUGGAAUAACCAGGCUUUGUGUGUUUUUUGGUCGACAGAAAGCCAAUGAUGUUCUUCUCUCUCAUAUGAUCACUUUUCUGAAUGAUAAAAAUGACUGGCACCUUAGGGGAGCAUUUUUUGACAGCAUUGUAGGUGUUGCAGCCUAUGUAGGAUGGCAAAGUUCAUCCAUCUUAAAGCCACUUCUCCAGCAGGGGCUGAGCGAUGUGGAAGAGUUUGUGAUAUUUAAGGCCCUCAAUGCUCUCACUUGUAUGUGCCAACUGGGCCUCCUUCAGAAACCCCACAUCUAUGAAUUCUCUUGUGACAUAGCUCCUUUUUUGUGCCAUCCAAAUUUGUGGAUACGUUAUGGAGCUGUGGGGUUUAUUACUACAGUAGCUCAGCAGUUAAAUAUUGCUGAUGUGUACUGUAAGUUGAUGCCCUACCUUCACCCUUUCAUUUCUCAACCUAUAAUUCAGAUAGACAAGGAAAUCGUUCUACUUAGUGUGCUAAAAGAGCCUGUAAGCCGCUCAAUUUUUGACUAUGCCCUGCGAUCAAAGGACAUUGCAAGCCUCUUUAGACAUCUCCAGAUGCGUCAGAAAAAGAGGAAUGGCACUCUUCUCGAGUGUCCUCCUCCUGAAGAUCCAGCUAUUGCUCAGCUUUUGAAGAAGCUUUUGUCACAGGGUAUGACAGAAGAAGAAGAAGAUAAACUAUUAGCCUUGAAAGAUUUUAUGUUAAAGUCAAACAAAGCCAAGGCAAAUGUAGCUGAUCAGAGUCACUUGCAUGAGAGUGCUGUAAAAGGGGUGAUUGAUUUGCAACUGCUGGGCAUCAGUGGAAGGCAGGCUGAUCUUGGAAAAACAAAGCUAGACACUGAAGAUAAACGCACAAGAAAACAUGUGAAGCAAGAUUCCAAUGUGAAUGAAGAAUGGAAGAGCAUGUUUGGUGCCAUGGAGCCUGCAAACAUGAGCCAAGCUGGAACACGAACUUUGCCUCCAACUGACCAGGAAAACCCAAAACCUCUUCGCUCAGAGUCUUCUGCAGCACUUAAUGCUCCAUUGUCUUCCUCUCCUCAGUCAUCAGAAGGAACAGGAAUCCAGUCAAGGCGUCCCACCUUGCAGAUCUACACAAGCACAUCUCAACCAUCAGCUUUCCAAAUCCGAAUGACCACUUGUAAGAUUGAACUUCAACAGCUGAUACAGCAGAAGCGGGAGCAGUGCAAUGCUGAGAGAUUAGCCAAGAACAUGAUGGAGAGUGCUGAGUGGGAGAGUAAACCACCACCAACAGGGUGGCAUCCUAAGGGCUUGCUGGUGGCACACUUACAUGAGCACAAGGGCCCAGUAAACAGAAUUCGGGUGUCUGAUGAACAUUCCAUUUUUGCCACUUGUUCAAACGAUGGCACGGUAAAAAUUUGGAACAGUCAGAAGAUGGAGGGAAAAACCACAACCACAAGGUCAAUAUUGACAUAUUCUCGCAUCGGUGGGCAUGUUAAGACAUUGACAUUUUGCCAGGGAUCGCAUUACUUGGCCGUGGCAUCUGAUAAUGGCAAUAUUCAGCUUCUUGGGAUUGAAACCACAAAACCACCCAAGUCUCCAAAAAUUCAUCCCCUGCAAAGCAGGUCACUGGAUCUAGUAGAGGAUGGCUGUGUUGUGGAUAUGCAUCAGUUCAAUUCGGGAUCCCAGUCUGUGCUCGCCUAUGCUACAGUUAAUGGGUCAUUGGUAGGCUGGGAUCUGAGAUCUAACACUAACGCCUGGACUCUGAAACAUGACCUGCGCUUAGGACUCAUAACUUCAUUUGCAGUAGAUAUUCACCAGUGCUGGCUGUGUAUUGGCACUAGCAGUGGAACCAUGGCAUGCUGGGAUAUGAGGUUCCAGUUACCAAUCUCCAGUCAUACUCAUCCAGCACGGGCAAGGAUUCGACGCCUCCUCAUGCAUCCUUUGAGCAUGCACACAAUGUAUCAGUCCUGGGUGAUCGCAGCUGUUCAAGGCAAUAAUGAAGUCUCUAUGUGGGACAUGGAGACAGGAGACAGACGGUUCACUCUGUGGGCUAGCAAUGCUCCACCACUCUCAGAAAUGCAGCCCUCACCUCACAGUGUUCAUGGGAUUUACUGCAGUCCAGCAGAUGGAAACCCCAUAUUAUUGACUGCAGGUUCUGACAUGAAAAUUAGAUUUUGGAAUCUAGCCUGCCCAAAGAGAUCAUAUAUUAUACCAGGAAGCGCCAACAAUCUUCCACCUGUAUCUUAUUUCAGCAAGAUAAUUGAGGGCACGGAAGUUGUUCAGGAAAUUCAGAGUAAGCAUACUGUGGGACCCAGUGAAGAUACCCCACGAAGAGGACCUGAGUCACUGCCGGCAGGGCAUCAUGACAUUAUUACAGACAUGGCCACCUUCCAAACCACACAAGGCUUUAUAGUAACAGCCUCUAGGGAUGGCAUUGUGAAAGUGUGGAAAUAAAGGUUUAAUGGAGCUGGAGUCUAUUGAAGCGCCAUUAGUUAACUGGGACAACUGCUGAGUCCUGCUAUGCAUGGCUUGUGCUGUAGGCCUCAUGAGCAGGGUUGCUGAUCUAGUAUAGGUCAGCCAGUGACAUAAUAUAGCUCUGCAAUAAACCUUCUCUAUACAAACUGCCCAUAGUAUUAUUCAGGACAUCUAUGAGCUUAUUACAGCUUUUGGAAAAGUUCUCUUUCCCUUUAUGACCCGUGCAUACAAUAAAAGUCUCUCUCAUUCCUGUGUGUAUACAUGCUGUAAACGGUGAAUACAUGAUAUUUAAAUUGUUUGUUAGUUUAUAUUUUGAAUGCUUGUUUACACAAGUAUAAACAAAAGUAUGCAUUUUGCACUAAUGUUCUCAUACUGAUAUUAAA